GAGAGAGAGAGACAGAGAGAGAGGAGAGAUUGAGAGAGAAGGCAGCCAUGAGAAAGAAAAUAUGGAUUUUGCAGAGCCUUUUAAUGGUGGCAUACUAUCUGGGUGAACGGUCCCUUAUCCACCAUCUCCCCUGCUCUAUCUGAUCAUUCUCUGUGGAGUCGUAUCUUCAUCAAAACAAUCAUACCACAACUGUUUGUGAAUGAUGGUCAAUCCAGCAUCAGCAAUGGAAGUUGUACAAGAGAAAGUGGAAUCAACGGUCCCGAUCACGACCCUUUCACCUCCAGAAGGCAACACGACGUUCCUCGAGGGGACGACAUGGUGUGUGGCCCACCCAGGGGUGUUGCAGGACGAUCUACAGAAUGCGUUGGAUUGGGCCUGUGGAUUAGGAAUGGCUGAUUGCUCACCAAUACAAAAGAAUGGGGUCUGCUUCGAACCCGAUACACUACUAUCACAUGCAUCAUUUGCAUUCAACAAUUACUACCAGCAAAAUGGAGAUUCCGACAUUGCUUGUAAUUUUGGUGGAACGGCUACUUUAACCACUAAAAAUCCAAGUUAUGGAUCAUGCGUCUAUCCCACAUCAGGGCCGGCUCCCUCUUCAUCACCUCCUCUGUCUAACCUACGCCUUGUUUGGUGGGAGUUUUUUGGGAUUCUACUCCUUUUGUACCUUUUCAAGUGAUUGCAUGCAGGGACCCUUUUUCAUAAUUUACGCGUGGUGCGCCAUGGACUUAACCUGCGCAUGCCAGAAUAUAUUUGCCCAUUGUGAGAAAAAAAACGUGUGGGAUUCGGGUAUGUUAGGAUAAGAUGUUGAGCAUACUUUUGUAAGUUAGCAGCUUAGCAUUAAUGAGCGUGUAAUCAGUGGUCGGAUGAGUGCAUUU